UGUUCCCCGCCUCGCCCUUCCAAGUUCUGGGAAGUGAUCAGCGAUGAACACGGCAUCGACCCAGCCGGAGGCUAUGUGGGUGACUCGGCGCUGCAACUCGAGAGAAUCAACGUCUACUACAAUGAGUCAUCUUCUCAGAAAUAUGUGCCAAGGGCCGCCCUAGUGGACUUAGAGCCUGGCACCAUGGACAGUGUGCGGUCUGGGCCUUUUGGGCAGCUUUUCCGACCUGACAACUUCAUCUUUGGACAAACAGGCGCAGGGAACAACUGGGCAAAGGGGCACUACACAGAGGGAGCCGAGCUGGUGGACUCGGUGCUGGACGUGGUGCGCAAGGAGUGCGAGCACUGCGACUGCCUGCAGGGCUUCCAGCUCACCCACUCGCUGGGCGGCGGCACGGGCUCCGGCAUGGGCACGCUGCUCAUCAGCAAGAUCCGCGAGGAGUACCCCGACCGCAUCAUGAACACCUUCAGCGUCAUGCCCUCCCCCAAGGUGUCGGACACGGUGGUGGAGCCCUACAACGCCACCCUGUCGGUGCACCAGCUGGUGGAAAACACGGACGAGACCUACUGCAUCGACAACGAGGCCCUGUACGACAUCUGCUUCCGCACCCUGAAGCUGACCACACCCACCUACGGGGACCUCAACCACCUGGUGUCAGCCACCAUGAGUGGAGUCACCACCUCCCUGCGCUUCCCAGGCCAACUCAACGCCGACCUGCGCAAGCUGGCGGUGAACAUGGUGCCCUUCCCGCGCCUGCACUUCUUCAUGCCCGGCUUCGCGCCCCUGACCAGCCGGGGCAGCCAGCAGUACCGCGCACUCACGGUGCCCGAGCUCACCCAGCAGAUGUUCGACGCCAAGAACAUGAUGGCCGCCUGCGACCCCAGACACGGUCGCUACCUGACCGUGGCCACCGUCUUCCGGGGCCCCAUGUCCAUGAAGGAGGUGGACGAGCAGAUGCUGGCUGUCCAGAACAAGAACAGCAGCUACUUCGUGGAAUGGAUCCCCAACAACGUCAAGGUGGCUGUGUGCGACAUCCCGCCCCGUGGCCUCAAGAUGUCUUCCACCUUCAUCGGCAACAGCACCGCCAUCCAGGAGCUGUUUAAGCGCAUCUCUGAGCAGUUUUCCGCCAUGUUCCGCCGCAAGGCCUUCCUGCACUGGUUCACAGGCGAGGGCAUGGACGAGAUGGAGUUCACAGAAGCCGAGAGUAACAUGAACGACCUGGUAUCCGAGUACCAGCAGUACCAGGAGGCCACCGUCAAUGAUGGGGAAGAAGCUUUUGAAGAUGAUGAAGAAGAGAUCAAUGAGUAGGGGGGCUUUCAGAGUUCCUGCCAAAAUACACAUGCCCCUUCUUUAACCCUGGUGCAGCUUACCCUAAUGCCACUGAAUGGUGUGCUGGCCUAAGCACAGUGGCAUAGGCCACCCCCAACCAUGCAACAAAGUUGUGUUAUCAGUCGUCUGGAAUCAAGACAGUAUUUUAGGAUCACGGAGAAUUGGCAGUUCUACCCAGUGAUUGAUAGAUCAGCCUGUGGAGAUUUUCUACCUAGAGGACUUGCAAGAAGCAACUCAAGAGCCAUAAAGAGAGAAAACUCACCUGCCAUUAAGUGUUCAAUCCCACCCGAGAAUUAAGCAGGGGUGUUUGAAACAGUAUUUUUUCAUCCUUUGUGAUGAAACCCGAAGCUAUGCCGCGUUGCCUUAUUUGAAUAUGCACUAUGGAACUUUCAAACCUGUUCAUAAUAAAACAUUACAUUUGCUCCUGUCUCA